UUUUGCUAUCCACAUGCACGUGACACUUUCCUCCAUUCUCUUCAAAACACCUACAGCAAAUGACUUCCAUUUCAGGGUUUCUACAUCAUAUUUUCUUAUAAGUUCAUAAUCAUCCAUUGUGUCAACAAUUAAAAGAUUCAAUUAUUUAGCAUGACUAGUAUGAUCAAUCAAAGAAGGGUUUCACUUUCGGAGUCUGGAACACGUGACAACAAACAGGCCUUCAGAGAUAAGAAACCACAAGAUCAUGACUCCAUCAACAGCGAAUAUGGGGCUGCCAUAGCUGCAGCCACCUUCGCUAUACACUCAUUGGAGGAAAAGAUGAGCUCUCAGCAUCAGAAAAAAGAGAAAACUAGAGAAGAAGCUUCCAUGAAAACCAGAAUGAGUCAGGGUGAUAAAGCUCCAUCCUUCGCUAGACCAAGUAGGCCUAGAGAUCCAUAUGCUAAUACAACUUUAAGCAUACACGCUAGUGGAAACACCAAAGUCGAUGCUUGGGAGAAAGCUGAAUUACUAAAGAUUCAAAAACGAUACGAGAAGAGUAACCUUACAAUUCUUGAGUGGGAGAAUGAGAAGAAAACGAGGGCUAAACAAAGAGUGGAAGAAAAAAAGAAAGAAUUGGAUCAAAGAAGAUCGGUCAAUUGGCAACAUUACCAGAACAAGCUAGCAAGAAUCGACCAUGUGGCUGGAGGAGCAAGAUCAAGGACUGAAAAAAACAAAAGGAAAGAAGAACAAAAGAUAAAAGAGCGAGCAAAGGAGAUGAGAUCACUUGGAGUUUCAUCUCCAAAAUAUUGCUUCCUAUGCUAAUUUGAUCUUUGAACCUACACAAAACUUGUUUGGUUUCUAAGAAUUAUGUACAUGAUGUUAGCAUCCAAGUUAAUGUUCAUGUAUUUGACAACUUAGUAAAUUUGGUGGGUCUUGAAAUCAUUGUUGAAAGUUGAAAAGUUUGAUCACACUAAGUUACGAAUCUUUGUUUCUACGUUAUUAAUUGGUCUU